AUGGCCGCCGACAAGCAGCACCCACCUCCAAUCACGCUCUUCUGCUACCCGGGCUCGCCCUACAGCAGGCGCAUCAGCUGGUACCUCGACCUGCGACGCAUCCCGUACGCCACGUCCAUCCAACCGCCGAUCCUGCCUCGCCCGCUCCUCCAGGACGGCUUGCGCCUGCGCUACCGCCGCAUCCCCGUGCUCGCCGUCGGCGGCUCCGUGCUCUGCGACACGCGCCUCAUCCUCGCCAAGCUCGACCGGCUCUUCCCGCCGUCAGAGCAGCAUCCGGCCCUGCUGCCCACUGGCCCCGCUGUGGGUGGCCUUGCCAAGAUGCUGGAGCACUGGACGACGGCCAGCGCUGACGGUUUGUUCGUUCUUGUCGUCGGCCUCAUACCGCCGCAGUCGCCGAUGCUGAGCGACCCGGCCUUCCUGCGCGACCGCGAGGAGCUGCUGGGCGGUGGCUUGAAGUUGGAUGGUGCUGACGUGGCGGCGAAGAGGCCUGCGUGCCGCGCGGCUAUCGAGGCGGCGAUGGGGGUCGUCGAGUCGACGUUUUUGGCAGAUGGGCGCGAGUGGUUGCUGGAUCGUGAGCAGGCGGCGGCGAUGGGGGGUGGGCCGAGCUUGGCGGAUUUGCAGGGCGUUUGGGUUUUCGACUGGUUGCUGUGCGAUCCGUUUCUGCAAGGCGCGUUGGGGAGCGAGGAGGAGGUGAGGGGUGUGGAGGAGAGGUUCCCGCGGACGGUGGCGUGGGUGAAGAGGUGGAGGGCGUGGUUGAAGGAGAAGGGGGCGUGGGAUGCGGAGAGGGAGGGGCCGAGGGGUGCGAUUAAGGACGAGGAGGUGCUCGAGAGGGUGUUUGGGAAUGCGUUUGUGGAGGACGGGGAGGAGGUUGUGUGGGAUGAGCAGAGUGCGCGGGUGGUCGGGCUGGAGAAGGGGCAGGUGGUGGAGGUUUUCCCGACGGAUUAUGGAUGCGCGCACAAGGACCAGGGCCGGUUGGUUGGGCUGGGAAUUGAUGAAGUGGUGAUUGAUGUGGAUGUUGAGGAGAGGGGGAAGGCUGUGAGGCUGCAUUUCCCGCGGACUGGCUUCUGCGUGCGUAAGGUGUAG